AAUAGAAUGUUCUUGUCAAGUAACAGGAAAGAAGGAUUUCUUUCUGUAUCAAAAUUUGAAUUUAACAGUUUCUGUGAGGGAUAGCAUUGAAAAAAAGGCACUGUUAGGCUGCUUUUGUGGAAAAAAAUGUAUAUAUUCUCUAGUUCUGUUCAUCUGUUCUGAAAACCUUUAAGGUGUCUGUGUUCUGCUGCAGGGGCAGGAGAGGGGGACUAUAUGUAUGCAAAUAUUAUCUAGAUAUUUUCUAUCUAAUUAUGAUUUCUUUAUAUAUUCACAAAUAUGUGAGGUGGAAGGACAUUUUAACAGAUGAAUAAACUGUGGUGUUUCAUAAAGGCUUUUAAUUCAGUUCUAAAGGUAAUUGCCUUUGGUACUAAAAGGGUGGUGGGAGGGGAUAGGAAUUAAAGGUUGGGAGGAAGUAUCUGUUUGAGAAGAUAGGAAAAGGGAAUUUGAGAAUUGAUUGGUGCUAGUGUGCUGUAAGUGGGUGGAUGUGGGUUUUUUUUUUCCUUCUCUCUCCUUUUUUUUUGGCUACAGGAAGUGAUUUGCAGUGUUCACAGCCUUUUGUUGAAAAGGGUCCUUCUCAUUUGUGUGAGUCAUGCUUUUGCUGUGAGCGAGUUGGCAGCACUAAGCAGGACUGGGAUCUCAGUCACAGAAAACUGUUACUUCACCCAACCUUAACAGGGAACCAAAAGAAAUUUCUUUAAAAUAUACAUUUUUUAGUUUUUCCUUAUACUCUUUUCUUUUUUACCCUAAACUCUUUUUAACCCUCCGUGUCGUUAUGAAUUGCUUGCUAUGUUAGUACAGGCAUCUCCUGCAUUGGCAUCAGAUUUGCCAGAACAUAUGCAGGAAAGCAGAUAGAAGGGCAUGCUUCAACGUACCAAGUAUAACCGCUUCAGGAAUGAUUCUGUGACAUCUGUUGAUGAUCUUAUUCACAAUUUGCCCAUGAACAGCAAGGUCUCAGCAGUUUCUACAACUUCAGCUUCACCUUCAUACCUGGUCUCACCAGAGCGUCUCCGCAAGGACCAAGAAGAUGGACCCACCACCCUGUGUACCCUCCUCCAUAAAGUGUCCCACUUGAAACUCUCUGGCACGGGCAGCCUUUUGGGUAUCAAAAACCUCUCCUCUGCAGUAAAGGAGCUUGCUGUCUCCAAAUUGCAGGGAAGCUCGAGUGCUUCUAGUUCAGCAGCAGGGGCUUCAGACAACACAUGUAACCUUGUCUCUGCCACUUCGUGUUCUCAGCAGGACGUGAGCAAGAUGAGUAUGGGGAAAAAAGCAUGGUCAGAGGAAAUGCACCUGGGAAGUGAAGAUUGGAAUCAAAGUAGCAGUUUUGUCAAUAAAUCCACUCGAGGAUGGCUGCACUCAAGUGAGAAGAUCCUGGGACCUGGUGUGACGUACAUUGUGAAGUACUUGGGCUGUAUAGAAGUCUUACGGUCAAUGAGAUCUCUUGACUUCAGUACUAGAAUGCAGGUUGCAAGGGAAGCAAUCAGUCGUGUUUGUGAAGCCAUGCCUGGUGCCAAAAGAGCCUUCAAGAAACGAAAGCCACCAAGCAAAGUCCUUUCUAGCAUCUUGGGAAAGAGCAAUCUUCAGUUUGCAGGAAUGAGCAUAAUGUUGAAUAUCUCCACCAGCAGCUUAAAUCUAAUGAAUCCAGAUACCAAACAGAUCAUAGCAAAUCACCAUAUGCAAUCUAUCUCCUUUGCGUCUGGAGGUGAUCCGGAUACUUCAGACUAUAUUGCAUAUGUGGCUAAGGAUCCUGUUAAUCGUAGAGCUUGUCAUAUACUGGAAUGCUGUGAUGGCCUGGCCCAGGAUGUCAUCAGCACCAUAGGGCAAGCAUUUGAGCUUCGAUUUAAGCAGUACUUGCAAUGCCCCUCUAAGACACCGACUUUCCCUGAUAGGAUGCAAAGUUUUGAGGACCCAUGGACGGAGGAAGAUAAUGAGGCAACAGAGCAUCACUAUUACAACAACAUCCCAAAUAAAAUACCUCCCCCUGGCGGAUUCCUUGAUGCCAGGCUCAAAACAAAGCUUCCCAGUGCGGCAGACACAGCUCAGUCUGCGUCAGGAGUGGGAGGAGAGCAAAUUUAUUAUCAGAGCCAUCACUUAGGAGAAAAAUUCAGUGAAGAAUGGCAUCACGGGCCAGUUAAACAAGGAUCUCUGGAUAUUUGUAGUAUGUCAGAAGAGAAAUCAGAAGUAGCACCACCAGCAGAGCUGCCAAUAUAUGUAAACACCCAGCACAUAAAUAGAGAAGAUCUAUUGGCACUUCAGGCAGACGCUGAAAGUACUUUCAGUGGAACAGCAGAGGAUGCUGAAGCAAGCAGCCCAGGAAAGGAUCUGUUUGACAUGAAACCAUUUGAAGAUGCUCUCAAGAAUCAAACAUCUGAGGCUAUGUUGAAGAAAUCCACCUCCACGGGAUGCACCGGUCCUCCUUUAUCCAAAGUAGCUGUCCAGACUGAGGCUGAAGAGCUGAGCGCUGAGCCAUGGUAUCAAGGAGAGAUGAGCAGGAAAGAAGCAGAACAGCUAUUAAAGAAAUGUGGAGAUUUCCUUGUGAGGAAGAGUACCACAAAUCCUGGCUGCUAUGUGCUGACAGGCAUGCACAAAGGACAAGCCAAGCAUCUUCUUUUGGUGGAUCCAGAAGGAACUGUUCGUACAAAAGAUCGUGUCUUUGACAGCAUAAGUCAUCUCAUCAACUAUCACCUUGAGAAUAAUUUGCCUAUAGUUUCUUCAGUGAGUGAACUCUGCCUGCAACAGCCUGCUGAAAGAAAACACUGACUCCAGAUAACUCUUUUAGUUAUUGCAACUUGCAAGCUAUAACUGGUAGAAAUUGCAGAUCUGAAAAGAAAAUGUACAUUAAAAAAACCCCACAUAUUCACAUACAUUUCACAAGUAUAUUUUGUUUAAGAAGCUGCAUUUCAUAUGGUACACUUGAACAUUUUCAGUGCUUUAUGUGACAUGAAAUCACAGCAAAAGGCUUUCUUAAAAGUAAUUUCAACAAAAUUGUUUAGAUUCUCUAAUGUGAAUGUUGAUAGUGUAUAUACACAUUAUAUAUAUUAAUACAGUAUAUAUUUAUAUUUUUCAAGUCAGUCUGUUGACAGUAUAAAACUAUCUUCUGUGCCAUGUGUUUUUACCAAAAGAAAAAUGACAAGUGUGAUUGUUCAGAUAAAAAAAAUAGAAUCCAGCAGUCUCAAUUUCUUGAGAAAUUUAGUAUUACAAAUCUUACUUCUGAUUUUACCUAAGAAGCACAACUAUGGGGAUUAUAGAUGGAUUAUGCUAGUUAACCAUGGAAGGAAUCUGAAUUCAGUAACUAGAAUUCCAACUCAGAAAUUUAGCAUAAAAUAUUUUUUAAACGCAUUAUUCAGUGUCACUGAUAUCAAAAGGAUUUUAUCUUUCUGACGUCAAGUUUGAAUUCUUAUAUGAUGUUAUUCGAAACAUUUGUAUCUUACUUUAGCAAUGACUUGUUGUGAUCUCUAUGUGUACAAGGUGUGUGCUUUGAUUUUUCUAUGAUAUUGUAACAGUAUACUGUAACUUCAAUUUAUUAAUUUCAGUGCUAAGGCUAUUUAUAAGUAGUUCUCUGCUUAUGGUGAAGAUCUAGGUGUCCUUGAAUUAACAGUUUCAAACGAGAUGUUGCAUACUGAUUAGACAAGUUCAAAUAACUUGUGUUUGAUAGACUUAAUACAAGAUGUACAUGACUGUUCAAAGACAUAUCUGAAAAAUCUUUUCUUGUUAUAAGCAGUGAAGACUAUCUGAACUCAGUGGUCAGUUUUGCAAAUGAUGUCACUUGCAUUUACUUGCCAAAGCAUAACUUCAUUUUGGCCUUCAGCAAGUGAUAGGCAUUGGAAAUAUACUAGUUUUUCUCUAAAUAUCAAGUUUAGAAAAUACACAUACAAUGAAGACACAUUUCUGGCAGAAAUGCCCUUGACUUUUGGUACUGGGAAAUGCUUUAAGGGAUGUUUGUACUGUUCACAUUAAAGCAUUAUAUAAAGUUAUUUUCCCAUUCUAUGAAUCUUAUUAUGAGUCAAAUUCAAUAGACACAGUUCCUGUAAAUGCAAUACUUGUGCCAGAGUCAAGAUUUAGCCUUCAGCAAUUCAAGGUCUUCUCUAGCACCAGUCUCUCAAAUCAAAUCUUCAGACUUGAUUCAUAAAAACUUAGCAGGGUAAGUCUAGGUUAAGUACCUGCCUACCCCAGAGUAUACUUAAAGUUACGUUUGGUUCUAAGAAUUUGCUAAGUUUAAAAAUUUGUCAUACUGUAGUCAAACUGACUGAAGAAUUCACUUUGAAUAUAUUCAGGCAGGACUAUCAUGUUAAAAUUCUGAAAUAAUUUUUUGUACCUUUUGCUUUUAAAUAUGGAGAAGUUGCAAUUUGAAAGUUUUAUUUUGAGUAAUCUCAAAACUUGAAAUUAUUGAGACACCUAAGACUAAUCAUGGAAUCUGCGUCUAUGUAAAAAUGCACCUUAUUCUGUAAUUAGGACAUCUAGAAGCCAAAUUGAGACAUUAGUGAAUCAAAUGUUUGUGAUUAAUUUUACUAAAGAAAGUUAUUAUUUGAUAUUUCUAGGUCUGAAUGGGAGCUGAGAGCAAAGGAGAGCAAUUAAAUGCUGAAUUCAACCCAAAUCAGUAUGGCACUGAGUUUAGUGGAAUUCUUAAAAUUUUGUUUCAGUAGACUGGGAGUGGCAAAGAAAUAGGAACAGGUCUUAUAUCCCAAAGCAUAACCCUUAGGUGUCUUCAAAAAGCCCACCUGCUUCCUUAUGUCAGUUUUGGAUUCCUAAAUAUCCCAGAAAAAUGUGACAAGAUUUGGGUGUAUGAAUUAAAGGCACUAAACAUACACUGAAAUAAAUAUCUUAAUUUUUUUACCACUGUCCUAGCUUUAGCUUUGAUAACUUAAGCAGCCACUUAGCUGCAUGUUUUGGAAAUUAAAGCUGAUGUCAAGGAGACACAAAAUGAAACUGCUUGACAGAGAUACUAAAUUUCCCAGACUUUAUUUUACAAACUGUGCCUCCAGGGAAAAGUGGCUAUUUUGAGCUGCUCUGUCAGCACAGCCAAUCUGCCCAGCUUGGCAUACCCAGUGAUGAUGCAAGGGUUACACAUCUUGUCUAGAUGCAGUGUGGUCUGAGGGGGCAAUAGCUCCACUGCACUGCAACAGUGCUCUGCUGACACGGUGGGCCAGCAGGUCUGCCACACAUGAGGAUACAGAGGCUUUUCUACAUCACACAGCCUCUAAACUGUCCAGAAAGGAAGAGCCUGUGUGCCACUCAGUACUCCAUUUGUGGAUCCUGACAUGGUUUUUGUCCCUGUCUCUCUGGUAGAUUUAGCUUCCCCCUUUAUGAAAAGGGUGAAUAAACUGUAAAGCUAUUUGGAUAGCAGUUCCAAACCGGUUGUCAUUAGAUCAAUUUUAAACUGACUGCAACAAGAACUAAUUGAACCUGCUAGAGCAGCUGGGCUCACUUCUGUGAAGAGACAACUUUGCCACCAAUUUAAGAGAUGUGAAAGUAGUAAGAUAGAUUUAAAUGAUGAGAAGUUAGCUGAAAACCUGACAACUGACAGCAUAAUAAUGUGAGUCUUUUAAUGUUCACCUUUGGUUUGGAGUCCUUCAUAUUUUUUAUUAUUUUUUAUGCAAUCUCAAGGACUAGACACUUGCUUGUGGUAAUUCAGUGCCAUGACUUCAAGAAGUGGGAUUUCACUGAAAGAAAAUAUUUUCUAGACUCAAUAGAAAUCACUGAGAUUAGGUGAUAUGAUAGUAUCUUUUGAUGUUUUUCCAAUAAAUAGCUGCAAAGUCAGAAUCAGAACCCUAAAUAUCCUGCAAGACUGUCUACAUUGGUUUUGAGUCCUAUCUGAUUAACAGCUGUGAUUUCAGUUGUGUUGCAAGUAUAGGAACUAAUGACAAUGAAAAUUUAAUGCCUUUAAACAAAGAACAUUUAUAUGUGAACCAGAUGAUUGUGAUUACUUUUUAUUGCAGAUCUAGACUAAUUAUUAAGUUAAUAAAAUUCAUCCAAUGUUGCUGGCAGUGAUAGGCUGGAUAUCUAGGUAAAAUCAUGUCUCCAAACUUUCAAUUUCAGAUGCUUCAGAAGCAAUGAAACCUGAAAAUAUGGUUUGAAAACUGAAUUACUUUCUGGCAAAAGGGAGUUUAUUCAGAGUGAGGAAUUGCAGCUUCCCUUUCCUUAAUGCAAGAGGAGAAUGUUCAAACUAAACAUGCCUGGCUGGUCAACAUAUGAGAAGAUGCAAUUUCCAUGGCUUAAUGCCUGCCUUUUUGCUCAGUUAUACAGUUGUUUCACUCCACUUCAUCUCCUGCAGGGUUCACAAUGCUAAGUAACACUGGUUCUGCCAAAACCUGUCUGCCAGACAUUCAAUAAAAACUUGAACAAAGGACAUAGUCCUGGGAACAAGACUUCAGUGCAAAAUGUGCACUGUCAUUGGAACAAAAUGUUUAACAGUCUGGUAAAUAUUACCUGCCAACACUAAAUUUUCCAUAGUCUGUAUUCAUACAUUUUCCUCACUGUGGAAUAAUAUAGUCACAUUUCUUAUCACUAUGGUCCCCAGGCAUCAUGUGCAGUAAUAUGAGGAGAAUUUUUCAAAAAUUAUACUCUUGUGUGAUUGCUGCUAGCACAUCAAUGCCAGAUGCCAGCUAUAAUGUAUUGAUAGAAUUGAUGGAUAUUUAGACAUUUGCCAGUAGAUUUAAUAACCAGCAAAGUUUUGCACCUUCUAAGAAAUUUGCAAUUAUCAGAGGGAUAUUUGGAACUUGUGAAUGUUCUAGAAAAAGUUUGCAAAUCCUGCUUUCAAAACUUUGUUCUUAUCUCCCAAUGUCUAUCCAAAGUAAGUGUUAGAACCAAGAAUUUGUAUUAGGAUUAUUACCAUAAUCCAUAUUUGCAUAAAUGAAGUCUAAGCUGAAGUAGGAGUCAUACUUCCCUUUUUAUUUGCCUGACAGUUUCAAAAUAUGUCUGCAUCAAGUCUAAAUUCAGACAUACCUUAGUGCAUUGUCAAAACCACUUUUUUGCCCAAGCUGAGGACUGCACUCUUCAGACACCCAUGUGUGUUCAAAGCUGUCAAAAUGUGGGUGAAUUUCCGCUAAAUGCUCUAUGAUCAGCUGGACUUACUCUACUCACUCGCAUACAAUGUCUGGGACCUUGGCCAUAUCUGCAUUGGAUGCAGCUGUAAUGAGGGCAGGCUCACCGAAAAGAUAACAUGGAUAUACAGUUUGCCUGCAGUUAGCCAGAGGCUUGGAUAGAGAGUGAAAAGCUGUCUGGGGAGAGCAAACUUCAGGGAUAAGAAAUGUGAAGCCUGGAAACAUGAGCCAGUAGGCAUUUAAGCCAGUAAUGAGAAUAGAGAGUUGUUGCCAAAUUAUAACCAUGCUAAUUGGUUGAUAGAGUUAAAGCAGAACCUCUGGGGAUACAAAGCCUACUGCUCAUCUCUUAUUGAGACAUUUAUGUUCACAAGCCCUGAUCUGUUCCUCUGCACACUCCAACGUAACUAUCUCCUAAGGCUUCCAGGGAGAAAAUGCAGGGCUUUUUUUUUUCUUUUCUUUGUCUCAGUAAAGGGGAUAAGAUUUCAGAGCUACACAUUUCUAGCAAAAGCACCAUACAAAGAGUGUUUAUACCUUGUUUGACAACACAACAGGUCACGGAAACCAAAGGAAGAAAGAAGCUAGAGCUAGGUGACUCAUUCUGCUACCCCACUGUGUAAGAGACAGUGCAGAUGACUCAGAAAACAAAGCCUCAGAAUUUGAGAUUAAGAUGCAGAUUUACACUUUAUGCAGCUAUCAUGAAGAUCAAACAAAGUCCAGGUCAAAUAAAAACUUUAUCCAGCAGUCCUCCUUUUUCUUCCAUGAGGAAAAAGACACCAAACACACCCAGGCAUACAUUAAUGCAAAAUUAAGUGAAAUUUUCUACUAAGUGAAGAAUGUGAAGAUUAUAAUUAGUAUAUAUUUGUGUCCUUUUUGUCUGGAUUGCUGUGAUAACUGCUUCUUAGUAAAGUCCUGCAGAGUUAAAACUUGAAAGAAGCUAGGUUUCUUCUUUCGAGGUAAAUGUUUUUCUUUGCAUUGUGUGGGCAGCAACAACAAAACUAAAAAGUGACUAUUUUGCUGUAAAAGGAAGUUUUAUUGUACAAUUGUUAUUUAAUAAUAUUUAUUACUUUUAGAAACAUUUUUAACUGAGAAUUGCAGGAAAAAUAAUGUAUGUGGAAAUAUUGUGAUAAUUUAUAUUCCUAACCACUUUUGUGAAUCUCAAGUCUUUGCCUCUCUGCUGACUGUGAUAUUUUAGCUGUAGAGACAAGUUUUGUCUCUGAGGAAGUCCUUGAGCAAUGUAGUUUGGAAUAUAAGUGUCAUGCAACUGUUUUCUGAUUAUUCAGUUUGUAUAUGUUUAACCAAAGUAAUAAAACAGUGAGCACUAUUACUAGACUGAAAUGCA